GUUCACACUAUACUUAGUCUCCUCAGUGGCUGCUGAGAGAUCUUUCACCUCAGUGCUACAUUCUCAUUCCCUGUGAAUAUAAAACUCCCACCAUGGUCCCGCUGUCUCUGUUUGCCUGUAGCCCAGUUUGAAGCUGUCCGAAGUCAUGGCCAUGCUCAGAGUGUCUUCUUACCGCAAGCUGUUUGAGGAUGAUAGCCGGAGUCGAAAUGGAGGCUUGGGUAUGCAGUGUGCAGAGCAGUACCGGGCCUCUGUCAGGGGUGCGGCUGCUGAUGACUGUGACUGUGACAAGUUAGACUUCUCAGCUGCCAGGUCUCUCAACAAGGAGGGUCUGAGCCGGUUUGCCCAGGACCGCACCAUCAUCGCUGCCCUUAAUGACCGCCUGGUCAGGCUUAUUGAACUGGCCCACUGUUUUGAGAGAGACAAUGAGUCUCUUGAAUGUCAGAUAGUGGAACUAGAGGAGAAGCUGAACAGUCAACAAGCCUCCUCCAGCAUCACCUCCGCUGUGGCUCCACCUGACUACAGCCUGGAUGCAGUGGUGGAAAGACUGCGCAAGGAGAGGGAUGAGAUUCUGUGUGACACUGAGGAGCUGCAGAAACAGCUUGAAUGUCUGAAGAAAGGCUACGAGGCGGCUGCACAGCAGAGGAUCUUCCUCCAGCAAGAACGACAAGAUGUUGCUGAGGAAGUGGAUGCUGUGACAGCAGAGUGUUUGGCGCUGAGGGAGCAAGUGGCUAUCUACGAGGAGCAGCUGGCCAACAUGGAGGCCCAGCACAAGACGGAAGUGGAGAGUCUGAUGUAUCCAGCUGACGCGACUACAGGAGCGGUGGCAGCUAUUAGAUUUAGCAGCCCUGACAUCACCCCGGCCUUGGAUGUAAAGGAGUACUACUGCCAGCUGGCUGAGAGCCUCCAGUACAAGUGUGGUGCAGCCUCCUCUGCUGUGGCUCUCAGCGGUAACGGAAAACAACUGGAAGUGGGGGAAGCUGUAGGGGCAGCAGACAAAGACUUACCAAAGACCAAGAACAUCAGUGAGAUGAAGGUGCAGAUUUCAGAGCUGGAAAAGGAGCUUGCAGAGCUCGAGAAGUGUAAUGAGGAGCUGGAGGACGAGAUUGAGAUGAAGAAGGCUGCAUACAUGGACGAGAUUGCUGAGUUGGAGUGUACUAUAGAUGAAAUGCAGCACCAGGAGGCCGACCUCGAAGCGCAGAUGAAGGAGCAGUGUGAAGACUACAAGGAGCUGCUCAGUGAGAAGAUGGCCAGAGACAUGGAGAUUGUUGCCUACAGGAGUCUGGUGGAGGAAGAGGAGGAGAGGCUGUGCAACCUGUGAAAUGAGGCUGAAGAGUCAGACUGGCCGGCCGGGGUUUGGCUGGAUGCUCCCCUCCCACACAUGGAUUAGAAAAGCAGACAAAAGAAAAGCAUGAAAACCAGACCCAAAUCAGCACUAGGAUGAAGCUUAAGGUACCAACGCAGCAAUUUGAGCAGAUGUAAACUUAUCAUGACAGAUUAAUGCUGUCUGGAGGCCUGAGCCGGGCCAUUGAUAACAGGUCACUGGCGGACGACCCCGAGACUCUCAAGAACGAUGGAGCUGUCUAAAACUGGGAGGGAGGUGGGAGGAUGAGGGCUCCGCAAUGAGUGUGUAUCCAUUCAGUGUCUGGCAGUGAUAUUUCCUUAAGUGGGUUUUUAUCUUCACCAGCUCACUGAUAUGUUUCAUAAAUGUUGUCCCCUCUUUGUCGAACAAGUCUCAACACACUAACACACACGCAGACACGCAGACACGCAGACACACACACACACACACACACACACACACACACACACACAGACACACACACAAGCUAACGUGUGCGGCUCCGUCAAGUCAUUCUCCCUCUGAUACCACCUCGUCCAUCACCCAAACUUUGUCUGAUUACCAGCUCUUAACCCUUGACCCCGUCACUGUUAACAAACAUAUUGAUAUCCUCUCCUCACUAACUAAAAGUGUCUCACCGUCCUUUUGCUUUUACAGUCGUGCGUUCAUGUUGGUUUUACAUAAAACUGUGUUUGCUUUUCAAAUGGUUCAUGAAGUUGUUUUUCUGCAGCUCUUACAAACCGAGCACCUGGAUCUUUCUACAAGAAAAGCUUGUGUGAUUCAUUAUUCCUUCUUUGAAAAGCAAUGUCCCAAUUUGCUGUCAUUUGAGAAAUAAGCUUUUGGUAUUACAGUCCUUCGUAAUGUUUUCCUUAUUUUCUACGAUCUGUCUGUGAUAAAUCAUUUCUGCUUCCUGCCUCUGCACAAGUGUCAGAAUGUGCUUCAGAUUUAAAUUAAAUAAAACUAGUUGCAUGAGA